GCAGCAUAUGAAGCGGGUGGACGGUGGCAGUGUGAUCAUAUCCCCCAAAUCAGCAGCUGCUUGCGACAGAGCGGAUUUGACAACAUACCGAUAUACGGGACCGAACCUUACCGAACAGAAUGGAGUGGCAACCAAUGGAGAUCAACCCGGAGAUGCUGAACAAGGUGCUCAGUGGGCUGGGGGUGUGUGGUAGCUGGGGCUUCGUGGAUGUGUUGGGGCUGGAGGAUGAGGGAGUGUCUUCAGUACCUUCUCCCAGCUGCGCCCUCAUGCUGCUCUUCCCUCUGACACAACAGCACGAGUCGUUCCGGCAGCAGCAGGCUGGGAAGGUGUCGGGGGGUACUGACCUCUACUUCCUGAAACAGACGGUGGUCAACUCCUGUGGCACCGUGGCUCUGCUGCACGCAGUCGCCAACAACCCCACCCACAUUGAGUAUGAUGGUGACUCUGCUCUGAAGAAGUUUCUAGAUGAGACGGCUGACAUGACCCCCGCCCAGCGAGCCACACACCUGGAGAACAACCAGGCCAUCAGAGAGGCUCAUGAUGAAGUGGCAGCACAGGGCCAGUGCAGGGUGGAGGCAGAUAACGUGAACUUCCAUUUUAUCACCUUUGUCAAUGUGAAAGGACAGCUUUAUGAGCUGGAUGGUAGGAUGGAGGGACCGGUGAACCAUGGAACCACCAAGGAUGACUCCUUCAUCAAGGAUGCAGCCAGGGUGUGUCGGGGUUUUGUGGAGAGAGCAGAGGGAGAGGUCCGCUUCUCUGCUGUGGCCCUCUGUCAUACCUAGAGACCCUGGAGAGGGACACACACACGAACGGGGUUUUGUGGAGAGAGCAGAGGGAGAGGUCCGCUUCUCUGCUGUGGCCCUCUGUCAUACCUAGAGACCCUGGAGAGGGACACACACACACACACGAACCAUGGUGUACACACACCCGGUAUAUAAUGGAAACAGUUUGCACUCUCCCCACACACACCGCAGCACACACACCGCAGCACACAUGCGUAGAUGGUAGUUUGCACAAGCCUGGUGUCAUGUUGAUGUCACUACUGCUGUACUUUCUGUCUGCUGUACUGUUAUUUAUUUUUCCGAGUCCGAUCACCACUGAGAAAGUAGUGCCCUUACAUGGGGGAGGAGGGAGCCGGUUGAUCUGCAGCCUGUGAGGUGUUCCUGUUUUUCUGCUGUCUGACUCCUCUGCUCUGUUUCUAACCGCUGUUACGUCAGACUACGAUGUUAGGAUGACACUGUUACUGUGUUAGGAUGACACUGCAACAAUGCUGGCUGUGCUUUGCCUUACUGCAUCUUCCUGUGCUGCUGACUGCCAAUAAACAACCAAACUACACACUU